ACAGCCGAGCCAGCGAACGCGAAACGCGAACAGUGUCGGUCUGCGCCUUGUUUGUGAUACUCGCCCGCCAGCUGAAGCGCCGAUCGCGGCUGGAUUUUCGCGGAAAAGCGGCGAGAGCAGCUGAUUUUCCACUGCCGGCAUGUUUGAGCGGCAGAAGGUGUGGGUGCCUGACCCGCAGCAUGGCUUUGUCCAGGGGCGCAUCCUCGACCUGGGUCUGGACGAGGCCACUGUGCAGCCCUUUGAGCGAUCAAGGAACGCUUUCGUCUGCGGCCUUGACCGAAUUUACCCGGCCGAGGAGGAUGACAACAAGGAGGUGGACGACAACUGUGGUUUGAUGUUCCUGAAUGAAGCCACCCUUCUGCACAACAUCAAACUCCGUUACAGCAAGGACAAAAUUUAUACGUAUGUAGCCAACAUAUUGAUUGCGGUCAAUCCGUACAUUGAGCUGAAGGGACUAUACUCAAGUGAGACCAUCAAAAAGUACAAGGGCAAGUCCCUGGGAACAAUGCCACCUCACGUUUUUGCCAUAGCUGACAAAGCAUUUAGAGACAUGAGAGUUUUGAAGCAGUCGCAAUCCAUCAUUGUUUCCGGCGAAUCUGGAGCUGGAAAGACAGAGUCGACUAAGUAUUUGCUGCGGUACAUGUGUGACCACUGGGGCUCUUCUGCUGGACCGAUCGAGCAGAAAAUCCUUGACGCUAACCCUGUUUUGGAGGCUUUUGGCAACGCCAAAACGACGAGAAACAACAACAGCAGUCGAUUUGGAAAAUUCAUCGAGGUUCACUUUGACGCAAAGCACCAAGUGGUUGGUGGAUUUAUUUCUCACUACCUGCUGGAGAAGUCGAGGAUUUGUUUCCAAGGCCCUGAGGAGAGGAACUAUCACGUCUUCUUCCAACUCUGUGCCGGUGCUUCUGAUAAACUCAGGCAGCAAUUGCACCUUACCAAGCCAGAUGACUUUCAUUAUUUGAGGAAUGGAUGCACUCAGUAUUUUGUGAGCGGCAAAAGUAAACUCAGUAGCAGUGUACUGAGCCAAGCUCAUCAGGCCAAAGGUGGGCUCAAGGACCCAAUGUUGGAUGAUUCCAACGACUUUAUCGAAAUGGACAAAGCUCUGUCUCGUUUGGGCCUGCAGGAACAGGAAAAGUUCUCCAUUUACGCAGUUGUUGCAGCCGUCCUACACCUUGGGAACGUUUCCUUUGAGGAGAAUCCUGAGGACACAAAAGGUGGCUGCCGCAUUUCUGGCUCCUCCGAAAAGGCACUGACCCUUGCAGCUGGUCUCAUUGGUGCUGAUAGAGAAGAACUCCGGCAAGCUCUUGUGUCGAAAGUCAUGCAGACUAGCAGAGGGGGCGUCAAGGGCACUGUUAUUAUGGUGCCUUUGAAGGUUUACGAGGCUAAUAAUGCGCGGGACGCAUUAGCUAAGGCCCUUUACAGCCGCCUCUUUGAUUACAUUGUUGGCAGAAUCAACCGAAGCAUCCCCUUCAAAACGUCAAGCCACUACAUAGGUGUGCUUGACAUUGCUGGAUUCGAGUACUUCACUGUGAACAGCUUUGAGCAGUUCUGCAUCAAUUACUGCAAUGAGAAAUUGCAACAGUUUUUCAACCAAAGGAUUCUCAAGGAGGAACAGACUUUGUAUGAAAAGGAAGGUCUCAAUGUCAAGAAAAUUGAAUUUGUUGACAAUCAAGAUUGCAUUGAUUUGAUUGAGGCCAGGGGCAAUGGAAUUUUCAGUCUGCUAGACGAAGAGUCAAAGUUGCCAAAGUCAAGUGGCAGCCAUUUCACCACUGAGGUCCAUUCUCGUCUAGGUGGACAUUUCCGCCUUGCUCUUCCACGAGCUUCCAAGCUCAGGGAUCACCGUGAGGUGCGAGAUGAUGAAGGUUUCCUGGUGCGCCACUUCGCAGGUGCUGUUUGCUACCACACAAGCCAGUUCAUAGAAAAGAACAAUGAUGCUUUGCACGCCUCUCUUGAAGGCUUGGUCCAAGAGAGUCAGAAUCCUUUUGUUCAGAACCUAUUCUCCAAUGCCUCUCAAAGUCAGCAGAAAGGAAAACUCACUUUCAUCAGCGUCGGCUCCAAGUUCAAAACACAACUUGAGGAACUCAUGGAAAAACUUCGAAGCACGGGGACCAAUUUCAUCAGGUGCAUCAAGCCCAACAUUAAAAUGGUUGACCACCAGUUUGAGGGGGGCUCGAUUUUGUCUCAGCUCCAGUGCUCAGGCAUGACAUCAGUGCUGGAACUGAUGCAGCAAGGCUUCCCAUCAAGAGCGCCUUUCUCUGAACUCUACAACAUGUACAAGAACUAUUUGCCACCCAAGUUGGCUCGACUUGAUCCUAGACUUUUCUGCAAGGCUCUCUUCCAAGCUCUGGGUUUAAAUGAGAACGACUUUCGAUUUGGAUUGACGAAGGUGUUCUUCAGGCCUGGCAAAUUUGCUGAAUUUGACGAGAUCAUGAAGUCAGACCCUGAAAAUUUGGCUAUGCUGGUAGCCAAAGUGCAGAAGUGGCUGAUUCUGUCUCGUUGGAAGAAGGCGCAGUACGGAGCCCUUUCUACGAUUAAAUUAAAGAACAAAAUCAUAUAUCGAGCAAAGAACUUGGUGGUCAUCCAGAAAACUGUUCGAAUGCACUUGUGCCGCAAACAGCACCAACCACGUUACCGUGGCAUUGCAAAAAUCAACAGCCUCAGUUCGAUGUUGACUCGUAUGGAACAGUGCAUUGGCCAGAUGAAGAAAGACAAAGAAACUAGUGCUGCUGAGGUGACCAAGCUGAAAAAGGAUAUGACGGCCGCCAUUCAAAAAAUCAAGGCUAAUCCAAAGAUAAAGCCAUCUGAGGUUAGCUUGCUGCACACUCAGUUGAUGAACCAGGCUAACACUUGCAUGGCAACUGUGCAAAAGAGAGUUGAGACACAAAAAAUCGCUGAGGAGCAAGAGAGAAUUCGCAAGCUUCAGGAAGAGAUGGAAAGAGAACGAAGGCGCAAGGAAGAAGAGGAGCGCAAAAAGAGGGAGGAAGAUGAUACUAGGAAGAAAAAAAUGGAAAUGGAGGCCAGAAGGAAAAUUGAAGAAGAGGAAAGAAGGAAGCUUGAGGAGGCUGACAAACGUCUUGCUGAAAAGCUUCAAGCUGAGAUGGAAAAGGAAAAUUCCAAAUUCAGGGAGCAAAUUGAACAGGAGCGCAGAGAUCACGAGUUGGCCUUGCGAUUGGCUCAAGAAACCCACAGUCAGGUCGAGGAUAUUUCGGCGCCUGUCAGGAGCUCGAACAGGUUGGCUGAUCCCAAGAGCCCCAACAACUUCAGACUCAACAGGUCCGAGAAUGUUAGAGCGCAACAGGCGGCCAACAAGGGCAAGUACGACCUCUCGAAGUGGAAGUACUCUGAGCUGAGGGACACGAUCAAUACCUCUUGUGAUAUUGAACUGCUUGAGGCGUGCAGGGUUGAGUUUCAUCGCCGCCUUAAGGUUUACCAUGCUUGGAAGGCCAAGAACAAGAGACGUAGCACCAUGGAAGAGAACGAGCGUGCGCCUCGUUCCAUCAUGGAACAAGCAAACAAGCCUUUGCUGCAUGUGAACAACAAUUCUGCUGCCAGAGUGCCCAUCAACACUGAGCAGCACCGCUUCUUCCGCAUUCCUUUCAUUCGGCCAGGCGCUGGUGUCCAGAAUGACCAGAACCACAAGAAGGGCUGGUGGUACGCCCACUUUGAUGGACAGUACGUUGCCAGGCAGAUGGAGUUGCACCCUGAGAAACAGGCCAUCCUUCUUGUAGCAGGGGUGGAUGACAUGCAGAUGUGCGAGCUCAGUCUUGAGGAGACCGGGUUGACCCGCAAGCGAGGCGCUGAAAUCCUCGAGCACGAAUUCAACCGCGAGUGGGAGAAAAACGGCGGGUCUCCCCACAAGCCACGCGCCAAAUAACACCAUUUCUUUUGAACCUGGACCGACCCCUAGUCAGCUGCUUUCAAACUCAAUUUUUAAAUAGCUGGCGGAAAGAAUUUUCUUGUAAUAUUUGGGGCGCCACAAACUGAGCAUUCAUUUCCACCAAUGUCAGCAUUACUUUUUUGUCGUUUUUAUUCCAAAGUUGUGGCUUGUAGUGAGCUCUGAGCCUUUCUUCGUAUGAAGGUAGUUUAGAGUGUCACUUGAUUUUUGUGAAUUAAUUUAGCACAAUAAUUAAAUAUUAACUUAUAUCUGCAGCUUAGAGAGAAAGAAAAAUUUAUUUAAAUUGAUGUUCAAUAGUUUUGAUUACUGAAUGCUUAAUCCAUGUUUUGUGAGUUUUAGAAUAAUUGUUGAUUGAUUCAAAUUAUCUACUUAGUUGUGCAAUAUUAUUACUUGUUUGUUUUUUUAUUUUAUUUUUUAGAUUUAGCGUUGGGAAGAAUAGUGUAUUUGGAAACUAUGUAAUUGAAGCGUCCACCGUUUUUGUAGUGAAUUAAAUUUAUUUGCACGUCCAAUGAACAAAAGCUUUAUAAUUGCA